GGGGGCCAUGGGCCCGGGCGGGCGCUGGGUGCGGGCCGCACACCCGGCCCUGAGCACAGCCCUGGCGCUCGGACUCCUCCUGCACCGCACGGAUCUGCAAAAGCAAGAGGAGCGCGGGGAGCUGCUUCAGCCGCUGAUCUUCGUUUUGCUGGUGUUAUGCUCGAUCCUGCUGUACUUCAAGGUGUCUCUCAUGGAUCCGGGUUUUGUUAAGCCUGAAGAGGAAGUGAAGGAAGGACAAGGGGCGGUGAUCCCUCAGAUUCCAGGUGAUGUUAAGCUGCGGCGCUGUGGUUACUGCCUGGUGAAGCAACCCAUGCGAGCCAGGCACUGCCAGCUGUGCCAGCACUGCGUGCGGCGCUACGACCAUCACUGCCCCUGGCUUGAGAACUGUGUAGGAGAAAGGAAUCACCCCCUCUUCAUAGUCUACCUGAGUGUGCAGCUUGUGGUUCUGCUGUGGGGAGGCCGUGUUGCUUGGUCAGGCCUCUACUUUGAACAAUCCUGGGAGUGGCUGAAACACAACAUUUUCCUGCUUGUGUCCUUCCUCCUGAUACUCAUAUUCACCAUUGUGGUCCUGCUGCUGCUUGUCUCCCAGCUGUACCUGAUCUCAUGCAACACCACAACCUGGGAGUUCAUGUCUCACCACCGCAUCUCCUACCUGCGCCACUCCGAGCUGGAGAACCCCUUUGACCAAGGGAUAAUCCUCAAUCUCUGGACAUUCUUCUGUUCACGCCACCUCACUGCAUGGGAGAACAUCUAUGUUCACAUGAACAGUGAGCUUGUCUAGUCCCAGUGUGCCAACACACCUGGCAGGCUGCUGGGUAAAGCUUUGCUAAUGCAAGGGAUGUUGUUUCCUUGCACUGAACUUUAAUGCAACAGGGACUGUGCAAUCUGCUCCAGAACCUGUUAAUCUUCAAAUUACAUUUCAGGGAUAGUCUGGGUUAUUUUUUAUAUAUAAAUAGCACUGUUAAAGGCAAGAAUUCCGUUCUGGAAAGGGAAAAGCCAGCAGAGCUGAUUUCUAGACUGAGCAAAGUAUUUCUCUAAAUUUAUUUCCUUUUGUUUAGUGCAUCCACAUCUCUCCAGGAGAAAUACAAGAUUAGUGUUACUAUUCAUGUUCACUUCUCCAAGGUCUCUCUCCCUUUUGCUGCUAGGGAACAGCAGCAAUUACAGAUAAAACCAGCCAGGAUCAGUGUAAUUCCUGUGGCUUUUUUCAGCCAAGUUCUGACUGUGAGAACUGCAGUGCCUUUUGGCAGUAGCAUCAGGCAUGUAAGAGAAAUACUUGAGUAAAUAUUUAAAGAGUCAAAAGCAAAUUUUAUUUUGUCCACAUGCCUCAGCUUAAUGCUUUCCACAAAGACUUAAGGCUUAAUACUGUUAAUGUGCAUGAGAAAGAGCUGUAAGACAUGCAAUUAAUCUUACAAGAUAAUUAACCUGUAUUUUUUGAUGCCCUGAGCAGCUUCCUCAUGGCUUUUUAAGUUGAUGAUGCUGCAAAACAAUUCACUGUUUUGAAUCAAGUCAGUGAAGAAUGAUACCUUAACUUUUCUUUGAACAGAAAGGUAAUCCUUGGCUACUGAGUUACUUCUGUAGAUAACACUGUGCUCAGGCCUUUGCUGUAGCUUGGGAUGGAAGCAGGAGCAGAGGUGGGUACCUCGUGCCUAACUCCAGUAACACUGUUGGUAACACUACUACUACCUCAACUCACUAGGGACAUGUUAAUAAAAUACAAUUUCAAUGCAAGACAAAAGCUGCCAGGUCCUGGUUGAUUAACAGAGAUGAGAGAUGCUGACAGCUUUCAGGACAGCAGCAACAGGAUCUGUUUUCCACUGAAAUAAAAGGUCAUACUUCAGAUUUCCAUGGGGAACUAAAAGGAAAUUUGGCAUGACCAAUCUUAGCUUUAAAACAAAAAAGGCUGUGGUGAGAAUUUUAGUUCUGACCCUUUUCUGUUAAAACAAACAAAACAA